CUCUCUCUUCCAGUGUGGGCUCUGCUCCUGGUGUUGGUGUGUGUGGAGCUGCGUGGCAGUGGCAGGGCGAACGCGGCGCCCAUCUGUGUCCAUGGCCAGGCGGGGUGCCACUUCCUCUCCCUGGCAGACCUCUUUGACCGGGUCAUCCAGCACAGUGCCAGGAUGCACGGCAUCUCCAGCGACCUGCACUCUGAAUUCGAGCAAUACUUCCUGCCCAGCAAAAACCAUAUUGGCAGGAUAAACCGCAACUGCCAUACAUCCACCAUACUAACCCCUAAUGGCAAAGAGAACGCGCAGAGACUGGCUAGAGAAGAGUUAACAGAGGUGAUUCUGAAGCUGCUGGUAGCAUGGAAGGAUCCUCUGUGGCAGUUCCACCAGAGCAUGGCUCACCAGGAUGACUUCAACAACUUCAGCUCCAACAAAGCGCUGGAGAUGAGCUACAUGGUGCGCGAGCUCCGCAAGGGAGUCGAGAAGGUGGCUGAUAGGAUGCAGCACCUGGGGAUGAUCAGUAACUCCCUGAGUGGCCUGUCCUCCCCUGAGGCCUUGGUCCCCUCGUCAGACACCAGCGGAGAGUCCCGGGCCAUGAGCGACCACGACCUACUUUACUGCUUCCGACGGGACUCCAACAAGGUCCAGAACUACCUGAAGAUCCUCAAGUGCAGGAUCGUACCUGAGAACGGAUGCUGAGAUGUUAAGACAAGACAAGAGACGUGACUAUUUCAAGCUACCGUGUCAAUCAAGGAAAUGGGUAGACAUGAUGAUAAGACCAAUAAAAGAGACUAGAACUGUG